AUGAUAACUGUUAUUCUCCUUAUUAUCAUCCGGUUGACUGAACCAACCAAUAAGAAGAAGGAUGAUCCUUUAAUGAAGAAAGAUGCGGAAUCACCUGAACAAAUAAGCAAUGUAUCAAUAAGUACAGCACAUUCGGUACCACUUCACGUCAACCGUGACACUAUCGAACUUUCACCACAGCCAUUUGUCGUCAAUAACGAUAGCAAUGGAAUUCUUAGUCUGAGAAAUGCUUACAGUAAUCAAUGGGUUGCUAUUCGACUUCUUACAAACAAUAAUGAAUUAAGCAUUCAUCCAACCAAAUUUCUAUUACCACCAGGACGUAUCAGUGCUGCUGAAAUAACAAUGCCAAAUAAGAUAAUGAAUGAAAAACUAUCUAACCGACUUCUUGUACAAUGGUAUACGAUAGGAGCAUAUUGUCCAGGACGAAAUGUUAAUACUCUAUGGACAAGACCAUACUAUGUACCACGUCAUUAA